CCUUCCCCUGCCGGGCCCCCACGACCGACGCACGCACAUCCUUCGCCCUCCUCCUCCCGCCGUCGUCCAUCGUUCCUCCUCCCACCGCCCGGCUCGUUUGGGGCUCGACAUCUGUCACGCCCGCGCCCUCCAUUCUUCCCACCCAUCGCCCGCGCCGCGCUUCCGCCCGCCGCACAGGAGAGGCUGGGACCGGCCUUUUUCUUGCGCACCACUCCUGCACCAUCACCGCGGCCCAGAAACUCUUGGCCGGCCAUUCUUCUGCGAUCUCCAAUCCUCCCUCACACACCGCCGCCGCGGACAGAUCUUUGAUGCGUUGCGCACGCCUCCGCGCUUUCCCCUCCUCGCCCUCCGUCUCUCACCCCACGGCACCGCGCCCUCGGCACGCCGCCGCCCACCACCCACUCCAUUCCCUCGUUUGAGCCCGGCGUCACCACGCCUCCAUCCACACGAUGCUCCGUCCGGCGACCCCGCUGGCCGUCGUCUUCUUCGUCGCCUUCGUCAUCCUCUUGCUGAGCACCCUGUCGACGCCCAUCAUCCAUGCCAUUCCACUCGCCAGCUUCGAUGGCUACAAUUUUGGGGUGUUCGGCCUGUGCGACACCAAGACCAACGUGUGUUCCAAGAUCUCCAUAGGAUAUGGAUCGCUUCCCGUCCUCGACGAUGCCAGCAACUUCUCCCUCUCCCCCGACAUCCGCCAUCCCCUCUCCGGCAUCCUCGUCGUGCACCCCGUCGCCGCCUUUCUCAUCCUCAUCUGCUUCGGAUUGUCCAUCGCCGCGCACUUCCACUCUCCCUCCAGCUCCCCGCGCUUCUUGCUCGGCCUGCUGAUCCUCACCAUCCCCACCAUGAUCGUCACCCUGCUCGCCUUCCUCGUCGACAUCCUGCUCUUCGUCCCGCACAUGCAGUGGGGCGGCUGGAUCGUGCUCGCCGCUGUCAUCCUCAUCGUUGCCAGCAGCGUCCUCACGUGCGCCAUGCGCCGCACCCUCGUCUCCCGGAAAGCCAGGCAGAAGAGGAUCGAGGAAAAUGCGGAAAUGAGCGGGGAGAAUUACUACAACAACUUGGCGCAGACCCGCAUGAUGGCCGACGCGGCCAUGCUGGAGCAACGCCAGGCCUCGCAGCUCCCCAGAGCCGACAGCCCGCCUCCAAUGCUCGCGGGGGCGAACGGUGCUUUCGACAAGGACAGUUCCCACUUCGCGGCAUACGAGAUGACGCAGACUUCGUCAAGGGAAGGCGAGAACGGAGAUGAUCGGACGCCACUCAACCCAAACGGAGACCCGAGCAUCAGAUCGGGGAUAUCUGGAAGGCGCACCCCAUACGGUCCCGGACAAGCGCCGCCUAUGCCGCGGCCUAGCAUGGACAGCCAGGGCCGGCCGCGGCGACCAACCAGAGAUCAAUACGGCAAUCCGCUUCCGCCUGGCGCGUUGCCGCCUCCGGGAAUGAGACGACGAGGAUCUCAAGAGUCUAUGGGAUCGAAUGCGUCGUAUGGCUCCCGAGGGAGAGGGCGAGGCCCACCUCGGGGCUACUAUGGUGGCCCACCGCCUGGCAGAGGAGGAUACGGACCCCCACCCCGAGGCUACGGGCCUCGUGGCGGCUUCCGAGGCGGGCCACCGCCGCCCGGCUGGAGAGGAAGGGGUGGUCCAGGAAUGCGAGGCCCGCCACGAGGGCCACCGCCCCCCAACUACAGCACCGGCGAUCACCCUUACUACGCAGUCGCCGGUGGAGCAGCCGCGGCUACUGCAAUGGGCGCGGGUGCAAUGGCGAUGCGAUCACAUUCCCAAGACGGACAGCAGCCACCGUACGACCCGUAUGUGGCGGGACCAGACCUACCGAUUGGCCAGGCCAUUGAAAUGGAUGAGCGUACGGGCAGCAUGCCGGUCAAUGGGGCUGCGGAAGGCAAUAUGCAGCAGCCAUACGGACUGCGGGAGAACGAUGCGGAUGUCACUGGCAUGGUCAGUUUGCAGCAGGGGCAAGACCUGGACCAGAGCCGACAGCUUGAUGCGCGCAGCCCGACGAGCGAGUACUCCGAGCACUCCUACGUACCUCCCCGACAGCAGUGGGGCGCUGCAUCCGAAGUUCCACGGGCUGGAUCGCCUUCCCGCACGAUGCCGCUUGCGCCCAUUCAAGGCUCGCCCGCCGUGGGACGAAGCUCGCCCAGGCACGCACGAAGUGGCUCUGAACCCUAUUACGAAGACGUUGACCCUCGCUUUGCCGUCGAAGAGCCUUCGGAUGACGGUUUCGCUCGCGACUCUGCACUGCCUUCCGCGCUGACUCCUGGUGGGCGUGUCAAUGCAGCGACUACACCAGGUGCGUUCGUCAAUCAGAACGUCCCGGGCGGCUUCCCCAUGACCCCCGCGACCGGCGGCAUGCAAACGCCUGGCGGCUAUGGCUUCCCCACCUCCGGCACAAGUCGUAUGCAGGCACAACAUCCGCAGCACGACACCGGCUAUCUGCAUCCCAAGUACCUGAGCGGUGGUGGCAUCGGCCCCAACGAUGCUGGCAGCGCCGGCGACCUGGACCAGGAAGAUGGCCAAGCGGGCAGUGAGCGCGCAUCCGAAACGUCCCACUUCACCUCCAUCUCCGAGCGGCCGGUCAACCCCAAUUGGCGUCCCAGCUCUGGACAGAUGGAACCUGCUGGCCCCCCACAACGAAGACAGCAGGACGUGAUCCUCGGCGCAAAUCCCGACUUCAGCAUUCCAGGCGUAGGCGUGGGAAGACAGAGGGCGGGCAGCCGUGCCGCCACGGCCGCAAGCAACAUGGGAACGGGCUUCACGCCGGGAGGAAGAUACCCUGGCGAUAUAUAGUAUGUGAGACGACAUGCGCGACGCGGGAUGACCAUGGAAUGAGGCAAACGUCUGUCAAAAGAACAUGAAGCGUUCGUAUCCACGGCGCUGGAAAUGGGUUGGGUGGGAAGGGCUUGGCUGUAUGGGAGUUCCUGGAUCAAUGAUCGGGUGGGAAGUUCAUCGAUACGAGGGCAUGGAAAUUCCUGGCGCAGGUUACUGGCGGAUAUGAGUUACGGCUGUGAACGGCUCACGUAUCGCAGCACGGCGCUGGUGCAUCUCGAUGACCACGUACAUAGAAACAAUUCCAAGGCUUCGCCAUUACCG